CUGAAAUUAAUGUGCUCCAAGUAGUGCAUUUUAGAAAAAACCCCUUCCCCAUCUCCCUCGCGACAGAUUUUGUUUUCUCCGACAGUAAGAGGUCUCUUUGUUUGUCAAAAGAAGGAGGGCGUAGAGAUGAUGGCGGAAGAAGAGGCUAAACCAUUGGCGUAUAUACCAGAGGUGAUACUGAAGAAAAGGAAGAAAAGGGAUGAGCUUGUUCUUCUCCGUAAGAAGCAACUUGAGUUGGGGAAUAACGGUAAGAAGAAGCGGAAAGUUUCCAACAUCAAACGACCUGAAGAUUUGGUGCUUGAGUUUAGGGCUAAGGAACUGGAUCUUGUUCGGCUGAAGCAAAGGAUAAAGAAGCCAAAAUCCUCACCUCUAAAACUGAAAUCACACUUACUCUUCAUCAUACGCAUACAAGGCAAGAAUGACAUGCACCCUAAAACCAAGAAGGUUCUUUACAGCUUGGGAUUAAGGAGUGUCUUCACUGGUGUGUUUGCUAAAUCUAGUGAUGGAUUACUCCGGAAGUUGUUGAAGGUUCUGCCUUACGUGACUUUCGGAUACCCGAAUUUAAAGAAUGUAACAGAACUCAUAUACAAGAAGGGCUAUGCAAAAGUGGACAACAACCCAGUUCCUCUCACCGAUAACAUCAUUAUUGAACAGGCUCUAGGGAGAUAUGGAAUCAUCAGUAUGGAAGACUUGGUGCAUGAAAUCUCGAAAGUCGGCCCACAUUUCGUAGAGGUUAUGAAAUUUCUGGGACCCUUAAAACUCAGCAAGCCGGAGGGGGAUUGCUUGCAUGGGAGAAAACAGGUUUUCAGUGAAGGAGGCGAUUCCGGUAACCGUGAAGAUCAGAUCAAUGACCUGAUCAGCAAGAUGCAUUAGAUUCUUUCUUAUGAUAGAACACUUAUAAUCUGCAUCUUAUGUAAAGACAUAAAGCACUUGCAUGCUCUGAUUGGAUCUUGUCCGGAAAUCAACACUCAAAUAGAGUGGAACUGAUGCAUUUUUUUUUUCAA